CUUUCAUAACUUUUCCCAGUAAGUAUUAAACGAUCGAGUCUGCUUCCGGAAGUGACGUAACAUCAAACCACGCUUUUAAUUGGCUGACUCUGGAAAGUGACGGCCGGUCUUUUCCAAAGGACCAAUGAACCGCAGGAGAGCGCCUCGUCGCAUCUCUCUCUCGCAGAGGAGGGAUGCCCCUGCGGGAGGAGAAUGGAGACAGAGGACCGAAGAACAAUGGCGAGGCAAAGCCCAGGUGAGAGAAGUGGAGGAGGAUGAAAGACGGGAGCAUCAUGGGAAAGAAAACGUGCCCAGGGGAACCUGCCGGACCAUGUGCCCCGCUCGUGAGCUGCAGGACCGCGAGCUGCAGAACUGCCUUCACCGUUUUGAGUUGUUGGCAGGCACAGAGAGAGAUCGACGACCCAGGGGAGACCACCUACGUGCUGUCAAAGAAUAUUCAAGACCAGCAGCUGGGAAAGACUCCACAAAGCCUACUGACCUCCGUCCAGCUGCUGUGUUGCUGAAAACUGUGUGUUACCUUAUAGAUGACAUCGCUGCCUCCCCUCACCUGCGUCCUUGGACUGAGGUGUACAACUUUGUCUUUGACCGGCUGCGCGGCGUGAAGCAGGACAUGAUCAUCCAGAGGGUGUCCGGGUUGAACUGUGUUGCCAUUUUAGAGCGGACAGUGCGAUUCCUCAUCUACGCCUCGUACCGGCUCUGUGGUGAACCCCUGCGGAUCUACGACCCGCGCAUCAACGACACACACCUACAGGAGAACCUGAGCUGGCUGCUGGACUGUUACGCAACUGGAACAGAACCGCAUCCCAACCAGGAAGAGUUCCAAGCUCUCGGGCUGCUGUACAACUUGGGUUCAGCUCGUGCAGCGCAGCACAUCAUGGAGCUCCCCGAGCGGCUUCGCAGCUCUCCUGGCAUUACGCUCGCUCUCUCCAUCAACAGAGCUUUCCAUGAGCGAAACCCUGUGCGUUUGCUCCGAUUGGCUAAGAGGUUAAACUUCAUACAAAGCUGUGCUCUUCACCGUCACCUGGUGGCAUGUCGUAGAGAUCUGCUGCUCAUUUACAGCCACGGAUUCAGCAGCCGCAACUGUCGCUUCCCUCUUGCCAGACUGGCUCAACUCUUGUGUUUAGACGCGUCACUCACAACCCGACUCUGUCAGGCGUACGGAGUGGAGGUUAACCAGCAGAACCAAUUGAUUUUCUCUAAGGCAGCUUUCACUGAGCCUGAACAAGAUAAACUGCACUGCAAACUUUAUCACGACAUAGUGUCAGAGAAACAGAGAGACCACAGUGUUGGGGAUAUCAUUCAUGGUUGCUCUUAAGGCAAACAAAAGGAGUAAAUGAGUAUACAAUAAUCUAAAAGAUCGGUUAGCUCUAUCCCCUUAUGAAGGGACAUCAGUGCCAAUUGCAUUAACUCAAGGUCUAGCUUAAAUACACUCCAACCUUUUGUUUAUCACGUAAGGAUGAUUGGAUUUGAGCGUUCUUUCUUGAUCAAAUGUUCAACAUAAGGGUCAGGGCUUAUGUUGAUCUAUUGUCUACAAUGCUCCGCCUGUGAGAGCACUCUUGGUUCUCGAUAUUCUUCAGCACCUGAUCAUGAACAUGCUGCCUGAUUUUAUCUUAAAAUGUGAAUUACUUUUAUAUUGUUACACUUUACUGUCUAAAAUGUUACUUUCUAAAUGUUAUGUCAAUGCAAUUUUGUGUAUCCUGUGACGCAUUUCAGAAAACCCGCUGGAAAAAUCUACUGUGCAUCAAUGCUCAUUCAUUCUCCUCAAUGCAGUACCUCAAAAGUAUUUAAAUAAAUGU